AUGAGCUCCAGCCCGUCCUUCAUGGUGAUGCAGCGCGGAAGCACCACCGCCUUCAGCAUCGACUCUCUGAUCGGGGGGCCCCCGCAGCCCAGCCCGGGACCCUUCCUCUACACCGGCUACCCCAUGUUCAUGCCGUACCGGUCGGUGGUGCUGCAGCCCCCCCCGGCCCUGCAGCCGGCCGGACACCACCCGCAGAUACCGGGCUUCUGCUCCAGCAUGGCGCUCACCUCCACCCUGAUGGGGUCUCUUCCUGGAGGGUUCUCCCCCGGACAGCAGCACCAGGAGGCCGUCCGGCAGCAGCACCAGGAGGCCGCCCUGAAGCUCUUCUCCUCCCCGGGGCAGCAGCACCAGGAGGCCGCCUGCAGGAAGUUCUUCGAUAAGGCUCAGGAGCUGAGGCUGGAGGAGGAGAAGAGCUUCCUGACCGGGGGGAAGGAGGCGCUGCACGACCCGGAGCCGGGGCUGCCAUCAUCCACAGGCCGAGGUCUGGGAGCAGAGGAGAAGGAGGAGGAGCGGAAGGAGGAGAGCUUCUCCAUGGACAGUGACCUGGACUACAGCUCGGAUGAGAACCCCCUGCAGAAGGAGGAUGGGGGGAGUCUGGACGACGGCCCUCUGCUACACGGGUCCUCCGCCGGGGGGUCCGGAGGCUCCGGGGGGAAGAACCGGCGGCGGAGGACGGCCUUCACCAGCGAGCAGCUGCUGGAGCUGGAGAAGGAGUUCCACUGCAAGAAGUACCUGUCGCUCACCGAGCGCUCGCAGAUCGCCCAUGCCCUGAAGCUCAGCGAGGUGCAGGUCAAGAUCUGGUUCCAGAACCGCCGGGCCAAGUGGAAACGCGUCAAGGCCGGCAACGUCAACAACAAGUCCGGGGAGCCCAACCGGAACCCCAAGAUCGUGGUGCCCAUCCCGGUGCACGUGAGCCGCUUUGCCAUCCGGAGCCAGCACCAGCAGAUGGAGCAGGCCCGGCCAUAG